GCGAAGUGAGGAAAAAAAGGGAACAGAAGGCGAAGGAAGGCACUGAAGGGAACAGAGAGGCUGGUGCGGGUUUUCUUCGGAGGGAAGUCGAACACUGCCCUAAUUCGUCGGUUCUUCCCCUCGCUCGCGACAAGGAACGACGAGAAGGAAAGAACGGAGUGAGAAUUACAGACGAUCCGGACGCAAGGAUCCAUUAGGCGUUUUCUCGAAUUUGAAAUCGAUUGACGACCAACUUAAGCAUCAUGAGUAGAGGAACCGGUGCGGGGUAUGAUCGCCACAUUACUAUCUUCUCCCCGGAAGGUCGUCUUUACCAAGUCGAGUAUGCGUUUAAGGCGGUAAAGGCCGCAGGUAUCACCUCCAUAGGAGUCCGUGGAAAGGAUUCCGUAUGUGUCGUGACUCAGAAGAAAGUCCCAGACAAACUGCUUGAUCGCACCAGUGUGUCUCAUCUCUUUCCAAUCACUAAGUUCAUUGGGCUUCUAGCCACGGGCAUGACAGCGGACGCAAGGUCGUUGGUGCAGCAUGCUCGAAACGAGGCCGCCGAGUUUAAAUUCAAAAUGGGUUACGAGGUUCCCGUCGACUAUUUAGCAAAGAGGUUAGCAGAUAAGUCACAAGUGUAUACUCAACAUGCGUACAUGAGACCUCUUGGAGUUGCGGCCAUGCUGAUUGGUAUCGAUGACGAGUUGGGGCCCCAGCUAUACAAGUGUGAUCCAGCUGGACAUUUUGUUGGUUACAAGGCAACUAGCUCCGGUUUGAAAGAACAAGAAGCAGUUAAUUUCUUGGAAAAGAAGAUGAAAAAUGAUCCCAAGUUGACCUACGACGAGACUGUUCAGACUGCAAUCACAGCCUUGCAAUCCAUUCUCUUGGAAGACUUCAAGCCAACGGAGAUCGAGGUCGGCGUUGUUAGUCAGGAUGAUACGAACUUUCGAGUUUUGUCAACCACGGAAAUUGACCACCAUUUGACUGCAAUCAGUGAACGCGAUUGAGGAAACAUUUCAGUCUCUUGGAUUUUGCUCGUUAGGACUUUUGCAGUUGUCACUAAAGACACUUCAUUCAAUCCAUCUAUUCCAAUGUCUGUGUGGUCGUUGCAUGGUUGGGAUCGAGCCUAAGAAAUAGCACUUCACCGCACUUGCCCUUCUCACUUGUACAGCAACCUCUACUUUGUCUCACUAUUUGUAGGGGUGUACUUCGUCCGCAGAGAUUUUAGGGGACAUUGUGAAAAUAGGACUUUCUUUAGAGGCAAGCAAGCAAAGUAUAUUGUAUUGGAAGUUGGUGGGUCUGUCCAACUCAGCGAGUCUUUAAAGAAUGAUUUGGGUACAACAAGCGCAUGCCAUCUGACUUUUGCGUCUCUCAGCUCGCUAUUGCCCAACUGGUGACUUCAGCCGAUAGCAGUAGACGUUCCCUUAAAUGCGCUGCCUCAUACGGGCUGGGACAGUACUUUAUACUUACCUACAACGUGUAAAUGCAGUACGUGGUGUAAGAAUUUUGAUGAUGGGCGAGUUUGUACGC